AAUCACAUUGCGUGUUGUUGUUAAGCCCGCCCUCACUAAAGAUGGUGGCCAUGAGCCUACUCAGGUCUGCCGCUGCCGUCGCAGCCAGACUGAGUCCUCUGAAAUAUGGCAAUGUUGCGACAAAUCUACUCACUAGAACCAUCCCGCAAACGGAAAAAGUGGCCGUCCGUUGGGGCCAUGGGAAGAAAAUGUUUGUGGUGAAUCCAACGGCGUAUUAUGACAAGAGGUUUCUGCGACUGAUGCAAUUCUACGUCCUGUUGACGGGUAUUCCUGUGGCCAUCAUCAUCACGUCUGUCAACAUCUUCAUCGGUGAAGCAGAGCUGGUUGAAACUCCUGAAGGUUAUGAUCCCGAGUACUGGGAGUACUACAAGCAUCCGAUCACUCGCUGGAUUUCGCGGACCUUCUAUGAUACUCCGGUGAAGGAUUAUGAGAAGAUGAUGGCUGCCAUCCACAUGGAGAAGGAGAAGAGAGAGCUCAGGCUGACAGAGCAGAAGGUGCGCCACCACAUGAGGGAGCGAGGAUUGGGCCCCUGGUACCUGAGAGAGACUAAUGACAAGAACCUCAUCGACUACUCCUACAAGUCAACACCUGACAACUAACAUGUGGUCAGUACGUGGUGCUGCUCUACUCUCUUUCUACACUUUCCUUCACAAUAAAAUACUAUGACACAC